AUGAAUGCGUCGUCUCUGAUUCUGGCCGUCGCAGCUGUCGGGGCUGUGGCGCUCGGGAACCAAACAUUCGAGUCAACUUGUCUUUCCUUUGCACCAGAGGCCAGUAUCUGGAACUCGACCAGGACGCAGCUCCAGUAUGUGCCCGCCGGCACCAACCUGACGUUUCCCGACAACGACGCCACGUGCAGUCGCGGCUCUCAAGUUGUCCCGGUAGAUUUGUGUCGUGUCGCCUUGUCGAUCCCAACAUCGAAGCGAUCAAGUAUCACUCUGGAGCUGUGGCUACCCGAGCAAUGGACUGGUCGUACCUUGGCUACUGGCAACGGUGGCAUAGAUGGAUGCAUCAAGUAUGAAGACAUUGCAUAUGGUGUGGCCAAUGGCUUUGCCACCGUGGGAACCAACAAUGGGCACAAUGGCACGUAUGGGAAUGCCUUUUACCAGAAUGAAGAUGUGGUCACGGAUUUCGCUUGGCGGUCCCUGCACACGUCGGCUGUAGUCAGCAAGAAGCUUACCGCUCAAUUCUUUGACUCGGCCCUGGGCAAAUCCUACUACAUAGGAUGUUCGCUAGGCGGCCGGCAAGGCAUCAAAGCGGCAGAAAUGUUUCCGCGCGACUUUGACGGCAUCGUGGCGGGUUCUCCGGCUGUUGACUUCAACAAUCUGUACUCUUGGCGCGCAAGUUUCUUUCCUCUUACCGGAGCCAGCUCGGACACCAACUUCAUCUCUGCUACUACCUGGAACACGACCAUUCACAAUGAAGUGUUGAAGCAAUGUGACGAAAUUGAUGGGGUCAAGGAUGGAAUCAUUGAAGAUCCUACCCUUUGUCAUUUUCGCGCUCAAGAGCUCUCAUGUCAAGGCUACAACACCAGCAACUGCCUCAAUGCGGAUCAAGUCAAUAUUGUGGAAAAGAUCUAUACUGACUACAAGUGGCCCAAUGGAAGUCUCGUCUAUCCUGGCAUGCAACCUGGUAGCGAAAUUCUCGCCGCCACUGGCUUAUACGCCGGGCGUCCUUACUCACCAUCGUAUGACUGGCUCAGAUUCGUCGUACUAGAAGACCCUGAAUGGGACCCCGCGAGCUACAAUAUUGAUGAUGCAUUAAUUGCCCAUGACAAGAACCCUGCCGGCAUCGAGACUUGGCCAUCAUCGCUCGCCGCCUUUGAAGGCGCGUCUGGCAAGCUGCUGACAUUCCACGGCCUGCAGGAUCAGCAAAUCACCAGCUUCAAUUCUCUGAGAUUUUAUGAGCACCUAGCUACCGGCAUGCAAUACGCGCCGGAGCAGCUGGACAACUUCUACCGGCUGUUUCGCAUCCCAGGUAUGAACCACUGCAACAGCGGACCAGGCGCGUGGGUUCUCGGCCAAGGUGGCAAUGCACCGUCAAAAGGCAUCCCCUUUGACGCAAAACAAAACGUCCUGGCGGCCGUUGUAGACUGGGUCGAGAAGGGAACUGCGCCCGAAUCAAUGAUUGGCACAAAGUUUGUAAAUGACAGCGUUGACCACGGGAUUUCUUAUACACAUCGCCAUUGCCGCUGGCCUCUGAAUAGCACGUAUCUAGGCGGCGAGCACGAUCCUCUCCAGAUGGACAGUUGGGUUUGUGCGUGA